AUGUGUAUCGUUUUCGAUAGGCAUGCAAGCAUUAUUAAGGCAGCUUCGAGAGUCUAUGAUGAAGUACCUCAUUUUGCGUGUAUGUGGCAUUUACUACAAAACAUAAUGAAAAACUUCAGAAAAAGUCAGCAAAGGGUAACUGAGUUGUUCUACUCUAUGGCAAAAACAUACACCAUGACAGAAUUUAAUCAACGUAUGACAAUAGUUGAGAAAAUAGAUAAGAGGAUCAAAGAUUACUUGCUGAACAUUGGAUACAACAAAUGGUCGCGUGUGCAUGCUGAAGUAAACAGAACUUGGAUGAUGACGUCAAAUAUAGCAGAAUCAGUCAAUUCAAGAACAAGACAUGCCAAAGUUCUUACAGUCUUACACCUCUUGGAAUUCAUGAGACAGCUUGUCCAGAAAUGGAAUAACAAUAAUAGAUCAAAGGCGACAUUUUCAGGUUUUCACCUUGGAAAAAAGUAUGAAAAUAUAUUGCAGCGCAAUAAAACUGCAUCAGAGAAAUUAAGGGUAUGCUUGAUCUGUAAAUUAUUUUUGCUAAUAUUUUUUCUUCUGAUUCAUAUCUAA